AUGAGCAACCGACUCUCUGCAGACGUCAUGGAGUCCUACACCCCAGAUCCCACAACGAUAAGCGAAAAGAAGUAUGAUGAUAGCCACUCAAUGCAAGAAGGCCAGAAGCGUGAAGGAAAUGAAUGUGCGACAGGUGAUGGCCUUCAGCGUAAUCUGGCCGCUCGUCACUUGACCAUGAUCUCUUUGGGAGGCACAAUCGGUACAGGUCUUUUCUUGGCUUCUGGAGCUUCCAUUGCCACUGGCGGUCCUGGAUACUCUUUGAUCGCCUAUAUGCUCAUUGGAACCAUGGUCUACUGUUUCAUGUCUUCACUUGGAGAGAUGACAACUUAUUUGCCCAUUUCUGGAUCGAUGAAUGCUUAUGGUACUCGUUUCUUUGAUCCUGCUCUCGGAUUCAUGCUUGGUUGGAUCUACUGGUUUUCUUGGUCUAUCACUGUUGCGACUGAACUUGUCGCAUCGGGACUCAUUAUUUCGUACUGGAUUCCGGACGAGACAUGUCCUCCAUGGGUAUGGGCCUUGGUCUUUAUUGUCAUUCUCACUUCCCUUAAUUUGGUGUCUGUCAAAGCAUAUGGAGAAUCAGAGUAUUGGCUUGCACUCAUUAAGGUCUUGGCAGUCAUGAUCUUCAUCAUUGUUGGCUUUCUUUAUAUUGGUGGUGCAGUUGGUACCCAACAAGCGGGGGAGCCCAAGCCGGGUCCUGAAGUCUUUAACAUGAGUCCAUUCCAUGGUGGAUUUGCUGGUUUGUUCUCCAUCUUCUUGAAUGCUGGUUUCUCAUUCCAGGGAGCAGAGUUGGUUGGUAUCGCCGCAGGAGAAACCAAGAACCCUCGCAAGAAUGUACCUCGUGCCAUCCGUCAAGUGUUCUGGCGCAUUAUCAUGUUUUAUGUCUUGACCAUGGUGAUUAUCGGUAUGGCCAUUCCUUACACUGACAACGCUCUUGCCAAUAGUAAUGGCGACAUCAAGUCGUCUCCUUUCACACGUGUCUUUGUUCGCGCUGGUAUUAAUGUCGGAGAGCAUAUUAUGAACGCCGUCAUCUUGAUUGCCAUUCUCUCAGCUGGUAACUCGGGUCUUUAUGCCUCAUCUCGUGCACUCCAUACUUUGUCCAAGGAAGGAAGUGCACCCAAGUUCAUGAGUUAUGUGAACCGCCAUGGCGUGCCUGUCUAUUGUGUCUUGGCCACUAUGUUGGUUGGAUGCCUUGCCUUCAUUGUCUCAUUGGAUGAGAUUGGCAAAGGUCAAGCCUAUGAGUGGCUCUUGUCCCUGUCCUCGACAACUGGUUUCAUUUCCUGGCUCGGUAUUGCUUUUUCACACCUUCGCUUCCGUAUGGCGUACAAGGCUCAAGGACGUUCCCUCAAGGAUUUGCCCUUUGUUUCCAGUCUCUACCCCGUGGGACCAAUUUAUACAAUCAUUGUCUGUGUGAUCAUUCUAUUGGCGCAAGGUUACACUGCAUUCUCCCCCUUCAAUGUAAAGGCUUUCCUGUCCGCCUAUGUGACCUUGCCAUUUGUCUUCAUUCUUUACUUUGGAAAGAAGUUCUGGAACAAGACGAAGAUCAUCCGAUUGGUUGAUGUGGACUUGGACACAGGCCGUAGCUUCAUCGAAACAACCAUGCCUGUUCUCUCGGACACUGCUUCUGAAGCAGCCGUUCAACCUUCCAAGAUGACCCAAUGGCGGAAGCGUGUCGUGAACUUCUUCUUUUAA